CCCUAGGCGCCAACCAACUACCAGACCUCUGUAACCCCGUAAACAGAAAGCACCCCCUAGGCUAUACCUCUUUAUAUAUAUAUAUGAAGUAGGGGGAUCAAACCCCAAACCAAACAGACCCAUAGGCUAUACUUUUUUCCAUAUAUAAAACCCCCCAAAUCCCAUCUCUUGCAUCGCAGGCAUAAUCGAAAUUGAAAGUUAGAGGAAAACAUCAGACAAUCAAAGCCAUGGCAGACUACUUCCCUGAAGAAGUCAUACACGAAAUCCUACUGAGGCUGCCCAUCAAAUCUCUAAUCAAAUUCAGAGCAGUGUGCAAAUCAUGGUGGUCGCUGAUCAAAAGCUCUACCUUCAUCCGCACCCACUUCAGCCGCCGCACAGCCCAAUCCAGCAACCAAAACGACGGUCACCUCCUUCUGCUAAACGCUUUACCUGAGAAAGUGGAAGCUGCUUGUCAGCUUGGUGAGCUUUUCUCCUUGCACUGGGACAAACCUGAAUUUGGUGAAUACACAAAGCUUGUAAAUCCAUUCAUUUGCCAUAACACAGCUUAUUUUCCAAAAAAGAUCACAUUUUUACUUCAGAAUUUCCAUGUAGUUGCCACUUUUAAUGGGCUGAUAUGCCUCGCUGCUAAUUUUGCAACAAUAAUCUGGAACCCUUCUGUUAGAAAGUUUAUGUUUUUGCCUAGGCCUAGAAUUCCUUUUCCCACAGAUUACAUCAGAAAGUCUAUGAUAGCAAGUUACGCCUUUGGCUACGAUUCGCGUACCGAUGACUAUAAGGUUUCAAGAAUUGUGAGCGGCCUUUUAAGCGAAGCCCCAUGUGAGGUUGAGGUUUGGUCAUUAUCCAGGGGCGCCUGGAAGACUCUUAGUGCUGCUGUUAUUCCUGCGGACUUUAACCCUGCAGGUAUUAGUCUUAGAUACAGACAAGUUUUUGUUAAUGGGAUUACGCAUUGGCAGCAAUCCUUGAAGAACGAGGGUAAUUGCAUUGUGCAGUUUGAUAUGAUCAAUGAGGUAUUUGGAAAGAUAACGGUGCCUGAUGCUUUGAAAAGAAAGAAUUGCUUUAUGUCGAGAUACGGGGAGUCCCUUUUUCUUGUUUGAGACAUCUGAUGAAGUUUCAGAGGGAUCAAAUGCUAUUACUUGUAUUCACAUGUGGGUCAUGAAAGAGUUUGGUGUGCCUGAAUCAUGGACUAAAUUAAUGAGUAUAUGCUUGGAAGGAACUUUAAUUGCGCCGUUUGGUUUUAGGAGUUGUGAAUUAGUGUUCAGAAUGUAUGGUGGGAUGCUUUUAUCGGUGGACCCUAAGACCAAACAAGUUAAAGAGUUUAAAACUGAUGGAUACAGGUACCACUUCAUGGAUUCUUUUGUAGAGAGUCUUGUCUUACUUGGUCAACCCAAUGCUAUUUCUUACUAAGAAGGACCAACAAAUUAGAAGUCAGACAAGGUUGGAUUGGAUUUUGAUUAGCACUUGCCUUCGCUUCCGGUUUGAUGGAAUUCAACACACCUUACUUUUUAAACAGCCUUAAAAUACAAGGGUGCAUUUUCUGUUCUGCAAGAGCAUGACCGUACCUAUACUGCAGCUUUAACCGGCAGAGAAUGGGAAUGUAGGAGUUUUAUUACUGGUUAUUUGAAAAUUCUUGUUGAAAUCACUAAUGUCUUUUCAGGCAACAAACCAACUGGAAGUAUAUAUUUUCCUGAGAUUAGUGAUGAUCACAUCUAAACUUUGAAUGAUGCAAGAGCCCAGACGACUUUCUUAGUUCUAUGGCAUUAAAAAUGAAGCUAAACUUGAUAAAUGGUGGAGCGAGUGCAGGUUGGCAUUAGCAGUAGCAGCAAAUUUGGAUCCCCGAUACAAGAUGCAGUUGCUGGUGUAUUGUGAUUCUCAAAUUUACUGUGGUACUGCUGUGGAUUGGAUAUAGGAGGUUUCUGACGGCAUCAAGGGUCUUUUUGAUGCAUAUUCAAUUUGCUCAACAAGGGUUGAUUAAGAUUGAGUGAGCUUUUAUUAGUCCUAUGUCAACUGUUGCUCCAGUAUCUGCAGUCAGUGUUGGUGGCAUUGUGGUAGAGUGCUCGAUCAACGUCGAAGCACACGAAAUGCUGACACACUACAGGCUCUGAUAUUCACUCCAGAUCAGAUUGGUUGCUGAUGGAAUUAAAAGGCAGGUGCAUUAGUUUCUCUUC